CCGCCCCGACGUAGAGGGCGCCUUCCCAGCGGCUGGGGCGCGCGGAGCCGGGAUGUCGGUCAAUGGCUGUCACGCGGGCGGGCCGGCCAGCCGGACCACAUACCGCUCGCCGCUGGCGGCCCGCUACGCCAGCCCGGAGAUGGCCUUCCUCUUCAGCGACGCGCACAAGUUCCAGACCUGGAGACUUCUGUGGCUCUUCCUGGCCGAAGCGGAGCAGAAGCUCGGUCUGCCCAUCACAGACGAACAGAUUGAGGAGAUGAGGCUGAACCUGAACAACAUCGACUACGACAUGGCGGCCGAGGAGGAGAAGCGGCUUCGUCAUGACGUGAUGGCUCAUGUCCACACCUUCGCCCAUUGCUGCCCCAAGGCUGCUGGCAUCAUUCAUCUGGGGGCCACAUCAUGCUACGUAGGCGAUAAUACAGACCUGAUUACUCUCAAGAAGGCUUUUAAUCUGCUCUUACCAAAGCUGGCCAGAGUGAUCUCCCGGCUGGCGGACUUUGCUACAGAGUAUGCCAACCUUCCCACCCUAGGCUUCACACACUUCCAGCCUGCCCAGCUGACCACAGUGGGGAAGCGUUGCUGUCUCUGGAUUCAGGAUCUGUGCAUGGACCUGGAGCGCCUCACACGGGCCCGGGAUGACCUGCGCUUCCGGGGAGUGAAGGGCACCACGGGCACCCAGGCCAGCUUCUUACAGCUCUUUGAAGGAGACCACCAAAAGGUAGAAGAACUUGACAGGAUGGUGACCGAGAAGGCAGGAUUUCAGCGAGCCUUCAUCAUCACAGGACAGACGUAUACACGGAAAGUGGACAUCGAGGUGCUGUCUGUGCUGGCCAGUCUGGGAGCGUCCGUACACAAGAUUUGCACAGACAUCCGCCUCCUGGCCAGCCUUAAGGAACUAGAGGAGCCCUUUGAGAAACAGCAGAUUGGCUCCAGCGCGAUGCCGUACAAGCGGAACCCCAUGCGCUGCGAGCGCUGCUGUAGCCUGGCCCGCCACCUGAUGACGCUCGUCAUGGAUCCGCUACAGACAGCCUCAGUGCAGUGGCUCGAACGGACGCUGGAUGACAGUGCCAACAGACGCCUGUGUUUGGCCGAGGCCUUUCUCACAGCAGACACCAUCCUGAACACGCUGCAGAACAUCUCUGAGGGGCUAGUGGUAUACCCCAAGGUCAUCGAGCGGCGCAUUCGGCAGGAGCUGCCUUUCAUGGCCACAGAGAACAUCAUUAUGGCUAUGGUGAAGGCUGGAGGAAACCGCCAGGAUUGCCAUGAGAGAAUCAGGGUGCUGUCACAGGCAGCGGCUGCCGUGGUAAAGCAGGAAGGGGGUGAUAAUGACCUCAUUGCCCGGAUCCAGGCCGAUCCCUACUUCAGCCCCAUUCAUGCCCAGCUGGAGCAUUUGCUAGAUCCUUCCUCUUUCACUGGCCGUGCUGCCAAGCAGGUGGAAAAGUUCUUGAAGGAAGAGGUGCGGCAUCUCCUGAAAUCCUAUGAAAGCCAGAUGGACGUGAAGGUGGAACUGAACCUUUAGAGGUGAAAAAAGUGUAAAAAUGAGUAUGUUGGGAGGCCUAGUUCAGAAGGAUGUGUGAAGGCUGCCGAGGGCACCUUCGAGGCUCCAGGAUUCAGCAGAGAAUGAGGGCUUUUGGAAGGUGCUUUGCCAUUUCAGAUUUUGUUGGUGCAAAAAAAUUGGGGGGAGGGGGAUAUUUUUCUCCAUCCAAACUCUGAUAUGUUUAAUAAAUGUUACUGACACUCA